AUGUAUACUGCUUCUGCUGCUAAUAUGCGACACCCGAGCCCUUCUUCGGCCCAAACGCGCUCGGGCCAACGGCCCAGGCGUCGAGCGGCCCAUAAAAAGGCCAAGCGGAGGCCGUAUUUCCCGAAAACGGUCAUGCCUUUGGCGGCUGUCAGUCAUGAUAUCGCGAUGACGACUCUUGUGAGUUUCUUUUGGCGGCAUGUUUGAAAGUACUGGAGUUCUGGGAUAUGCUAGAACUGAACGGUUUGAAAAAAGAUAUUCUAUAUUUCAAAAAUGUUUUGAAAAAAAUUAUUGCUACUGGCUCAAAAAAUCGUAAUCCUGAUAGUCUUCAUUCGCGUCAAUUCCAAAUGCGACUCUCCUGUGUAUUUUUGGCGGACUCUUCAGGGUUUUUUUAAUUGCAGUGGCCCCUUUGAGUGGCUUCUUUAAAAGUCUAAGUGAUAUUUAGGCGACUAAAACUCCUAGAGUGGCCACUCAGAUUGAAAAAUCAAGAAUACGACGAUUUUGAGAUUAUUUAUAUUGGUUUGAGAGUUUUUGGGGCAAGUUUACUGAAAAAAAUAGUGAAAUAUUUGUUUUCCAAGCUUCAUUUUCACGUUUAUAUUGAAAUCAGAAAGAUUUUAAAUCUGAAGUUUUUCCGAAAAUCAAAACUCGGUAAAUUUUUUUGCUAGUUUUCGUAGCAACAACGGAAUUUUUAUUUCAACCUUGAUUUUUUUCAGUAGUCUUUGAAACGGUAAAGUUUACGAAAGCACUAAUCUGACGUCAUUGUUGACAUUUCCAAAAGCUUAGCCCGCAGUUUUUGAAGAUAAGGUGAAUUUGGCGACCUAAAUUUUGUCAAAACUGGCUUUUUUUCCGAGUUUUUCGAGCUCGGCGGCGAAUCUUCUAUUAAAAUGUUCUUUGUAUUAAUUUCUAUACAUUUUCGAAGCAGGUUUCUUCGAAGCCAAGCUUAACGAAGCCACAAAAAGAUUACUUCCGAUGAAAACAAGGAAGAAAAUCAAUAUGAAGCUAUUCUUGCAAUUAUAUAGCGUCUUCUGGAUGUAGAAGUCACGAUCUUUCAUAGUUUAUUUCUUGAAAAUGUUCAAAAAGGAAUUUUUCAUAGUGAUGAGGCUGUUUUUCUUCUUGAUACUUGCUCCAUCGAUAACUAGGGCUCAGGUUCGAAGUAAUUCACCUCUAUAGUGGCCACUAUUUUCCGUUUCAGUGGACACUUUAGAGGUGUAUCUACUACUACUACUGAACUAAAUAGAACUUUAGAGGUGUUCUAUUUAGUUCAGUAGUAGUAGUAGUAAUACUUAGACCUCUAUAGUGCCCACUAAUUUUCAACCCUUAAGUGGCCACUAAUUUGACUGCUAUAGUGACCACUAAAACAUCAAAACCAUAUGGUGCCACUUAAAAUUUUCCCAGUUAAUAACGCGAAUCGGACGUGUCGGCGCAUUUCAAGUGACCACUUUAGUAUCUUUAGCACUCUUAAGUGAUCCCUAGAGUUGCCCAGAAAUGUCCGAAGCACGUUCUUUUCGGGUCACCAAUGUCCGAGAGGUUAUAUGAAAUGAGAUUGGUUCCAAUUUUUCUGUUUUAUUCUUUUUAAGUACAUGCUCUUGCUCUUUUUUUUCAAAUAAAGACUCGAUAAACAACGGAUAUUUCGCAAUAUAUUUUCUCAAAACGGACGAACUUUCCAGUUUCCAUGACUAACUGCCCAUAUUUGCACUUCCACCCUUUUUCCUAAUGGUUUCUGAUCCGAGUUGUACAAAUAAUCGACCGGAAGGAAUUUCCUUCCCUCCCCCCGUUACAAGGCGUGUCCUUGAAGCAACUUUUUCUGUCCUUUGAUAUUCUUUUAUUUCCCACAAACCCUCCGAUGUUCAAAUUUUCGCUGACGACAUAUAAGCUAUCAAAGUGAUCCGUAUUACAAAAAUUUUGAAUUUGAAACGGGCUUCUUCUCCAAUUUUAUUAGAUUCGUUAUUCCAGAUGUCGUUCGAUUUCGACUUAACGGCACCUUUCAUGCCGGAAUUUUCCACACGAGACCAGCAUGAACACCGGCACAAGAUUCGGCCCGUACAGGUGUCUAUUUUAAGUUUUUCUUGAUAGAAAGAGGGUUUCAUAAUUUUAUAAAUUUUUUUGGAAACCGUAUCAUAAUUUUUUUCAUGAGACUCGUUUCUAGAUUUUUUUGAAAGUUAGGAAGGUAUUAUCUAGUAUGGCAAGUUUAUUCGUUGAAAAAUCAAAAUUUUGAUGAUAUCCUUUCACCUCAAUUCAAAAAGCCAUUCCAAACGCGGCUCUCCUGGGGAUAUUUUUAGUGGACUCUUUAGGUUUUUCAAGUUUCAGUGGCCCCUUAAGCGGCUAAAAAUUAGUGGCUUCCUUAGAAAUCUAGGGGUACUACUAGACCACUAAAACACUAUAGUGGCUUCUAUAGAGGUGGUUUGAGUGGCCACUUUAGUGUUCUCUUCAAGUAGUCCUUGAGGAAUCUCUUAAGUGGCCACUAGAGUUUUUUCCCAGGCAAGUGUCAUUUUGAUCGGAAUAGAGAAGCUUCUUCUUUUUCUCACGUCUUUGUACCGCCUGAGGUAUAUCCUGUUAUCAAUGAUAAUCAGUAUAUUGGUUCUAGUGACAUUUCCGUCCUUGUGUGUGAGUUUUCAGGAUUUAGAAGGCCAUGGUUUUCCACUAGCAAAAUUUCCUAAACCCCUUGGUUGGGUCGGGGAUCGAACUUGUGACCCUGUGCACCGUGGACAAGCACACAAACUGUUGCGCCACAACGCGUCAUAGAGAUAACUGAGUUGGAGUAUAGCUGAUUCACGGCUGGCAUGAGCCAUCGAAAAAAUGGUCCUGACACGAUAAUGCACGAGAUAGCGCCUGGCUCGUGGAGAGCGUAGACAGGGCACGCCCCCAAGCUGGCCGUGAAUCAGCUAUAACAAAAUGUCUCAUUUUCAGAUAAUCGCCCCGUCGAGCCUGGGAAGCGGUCGAUUUCGGUUGAACGAGAGCGCCCUCAAUUCCGUCUUGGGUCAUGCCGGAUGCGCCAAUAAAAAGGUCAUUUUUUGA